UACAAUUUUGAUUUCAUUCUAAACUCCAAAAUUCUGACAGCUAAUGAACAGCGUGGUUGGGAUGGGAGUGGGUGAGUCGACAACCAUUUAAAUAUACCUGACAUUGAAACCACAAUUAAAAGUAAUUGACAAUUUCUUAUCAGGAACUUUCUUCAGUGGGAUGAACGCUGCGGGACAAACGGUCAGCAAUAUGGCGGGUGACGGCGUUGUCGGACAUUUGGGAAAUUUGGUUACAAAAGUUGCGGAAAAUUAUGCAGGAAAAAUUAAAUUCAUUCUCUUCACGCCAAAAAACCCAGUAGUCGGUUUCGAACUGAAUAAAACGACCGCUCCGAACUCCCCGUUCGACAAGAGUCAGGACGUCAUCGCAGUAAUUCACGGCUUCACCCCCGCCGGAUACUUCGUCGAUGAGUAUGACAACAUUAUUUCUUCGUUUAGAGUCAAGGAUGGUAAAUUUGUACGAGAUCAUUAUUUUGGAAAAAAAGAACGGAAAAAUGGGGUAAAUUAAAUUUGGCCUAAAUUUUUCUAUUCAUAUAGGACUUAUGGCUGCGAAGCUGCAACACAACAUAAUUCUCGUAGAUUGGACAGGUAAAAGGGUAUUUUUUGUAUUAAAAUCUGCUGUGAUUUGUUUGUGUACCAUUUAAAAUUCAGAGGUGGGCAGAAUACUUUUCUUUUGUGGGUGGAACAGCCUCGGAAAUCCAAGCCGGCUUGGGUGCCACGCUUUGGCGGACAUACAUACAUGCAUAAAUAACUUGCAGAAAAGUGUUUUUUGGCAAUUUUGGUAAAGUCGACUUGACAAGGAUUUGGCAAGGUCGAUUUUCACAAAAUCUAUUAUUGAAAUCAAAAUAAUUCAAAGGGAA